AUAGACAUAUGUGAUAACUUGUUACCCUAGCCUUAAAUUGUUUAAUAUUUCUUCUGGAUCCUAAGAUUGCUUUAAAUUAAUGAACUGGGCCAAUAAAGAAGUUUACUUUUUUCCUUGGGAUUUUCAGUGACAAAAUAAAAAAAUAAUUGUUUUUAGACCUUGAUAUUGAAAUUAAAGGAAAAAUAUUUUUCUUCUAAUUAAUUGUUUUGUUGUUUGGUGUGAAUAAUAAACAAUUUCAAAAUGAAUUAUUAUUUUAAAACAGUUAACAAUUUUAAUUUCUCUUCAGUGUUUGUAAUCAAGUGAUAAGCAUUCUGGAUUUUAUGCUUCUCAUGAGCUUAAAUAAUGAUUAAAAAUAAAGCUUCACGAUAAUCUGUAGAAAUAUCAAAAUUUAAUUCAUUAUAUGCAAGAUUUAUCUACUAUAUUUCGAAGGUAUCAAGACAUGUAAAAAAUAUAUAUGAUGCUGUGAAUGAAAAUGUCAGAGACCAGUCAGACAAACUCUGACAAUGAAAAAAGCAGGAGGCCUUGCGGUUCUCGUAAACGACAAGUGCACAAUGAAGUUGAAAGACGUCGGAAAGAUAAAAUCAAUGGUUGGAUAUCCAAAAUUGGGGAUUUGCUUCCAUGUAAAGAGCCUCAUAAGAGAAGCAAAAUCAGCAUUUUGGAACAAACUGUUGAUUACAUUAAACUCCUUGUCUUGGAAAGAGAAAAGCUACUUUCAGAGAAUCGUUCAGAGGUACAAGCUGAGGAAGUUAAGCAACUUAAAAGAGAUUUAAAGCUUGUUCAAGAACAGAAUGCAGUGUAUGAAAAGUUAUUACUUCAAGCCAAUAUCAGCUUAAAUGCCUUGCCUAAGAAGCCAUUAAAAUAUAGUGAUAAAUUUGAAAGGAAAAAUGGCAUUUUAACUGUAAAAAAUUCUGACAUAAAUGUUAACUCCAGAGUUGACAGUGCCAUUCAAGUCAACUCUGAUCUGCCUGUGAACAUUUCAAAUGUGAAUUCCUUAAACACCUGCUCUUCAAUUGCAAAAAAACCCAUAAAGAAAACAAAGGCAGUUGUAAAAAACUGCAAGACAAAGAGCUUGAAGAAAGACAAAAUUGUGAAUCCACCUCCAUGUGUAACAACCUCUGAAACAUCUGUAAAUGAAGAUGCAACUUAUGUAAACAACUUAGUUGAUGCAGUCUCUACUAAUUCCUUGACAGCAGCCAAUACUGUUCCUUUUGGCUGCCAGGUUUCUCAGGGAAGUGCAAUAUCAAAUAUAAGUUGCAAUGAAGUUGUAAAGGAAGCACCUUCACUUCAUACAGGUGGUGUAACAACUGUGCUGUCACAAUUUCCCUUGAUGUCAACUACCCACAGUUCCUCCUUAGUUAAUAUGUGUAAUAAAAAUAUGUCCACCAUUAUCAUUCCAACAGGUGGUGGUAUUCUACAACAUUUUCCUGCAGCUGAAAAACCAUCCAAUACCAUAUCCAUUAUAUGUCCUAGCACUUUGCCUAUUAUUGUGCCUCAGCAGGUGUUCAAUGUUUCAUCAGUGGCAAGGAAUGUAGGUUUAUCAUCAACACUUAUUUGUUCUGGGCCAGUGAAUGAUCCUUGCUCACAGACUGAGAAAGCUACUUUGGGUAACACAUUAGUGACUCUAAACCCUGGUUCAGUUGUUCCUAUUUCAUCCAAUAUCACAGCAAAUGGUGGUAUCAUCUUAUCUCCCCAAACUGCUCUUCUUGGAAGUGCUUGUGCAAGUGGCAAUUUGACACAGAAUGUCAUAUCUUCUAUUAUACAGCCUGUGCCACAAAUGCAAAGUGAACAAGUUAUAGUGCCUUUGCCUCUGAAAGCACCUACAACUACUUCUGCGACAGCAACCGUGGAAAAAAGUGCUCUACCUCCACAGAAUGUUUGUACUACGUUUGAUAAGAGUCUAUCUGAUAAAUGCAAAAGUAACAAAUCGCCUAGUUCAUCACUACAAGCUUCUCAAACUGAACCUUGUGAAGCUAGUAAUUCUUCAUCUAUUCCUACAGAAUCUAUUGGUUCUGCAGUAGAUGGAAAUAAAAGCAAUGCAUCAUCUCAAAAGAAAGCAAUAUCUGUCUCAAGGGAAAUAAGAAGUAUUUCUUUCAGUUCCUUACCAUCUUUGCAAGUAUUAUCAGCCAAUAAAAUAAUUUCUUUAGCAAAUCAGUCUCAAAUGAGUAAAACAAAAUUAUCUUUGCCUUUGAUGGGGAAGGAAUCUUCCCAAAUCUCUUCUGUAUCACUUCUACCAAAUGAAACAAAAUCAUUGCAGUCCUCCAAUAAUUUUUGUUUACAAAUUGAUACACCUGGUGUUUCUGUAAAUUUGAGUGAAAAUGACAUCCCUAAAAAUCUUCCUGAAAAAAUUGUUCCUGCAACAACUGCAUCCCCAACAAUUAGAAAAGAUCCUGUCUUAACUGCAAAAUCAAAUUUUUCAUUAAAUGUUCUAAUGGGUGACACAAUUUCAGAUAAAACUGAAGACAAUAGAUCUUCAAAAGAAGUUAGACCCUCUAAUUCUCAAAAUUCAAUUGAAUCUGUUUCAAAAUUGCAGGCUGUCCCAACUGCUUAUUCUGUUUCUACAAUUGCAACUACCAAUAAUGCUUCCAUAGUAGCAACUGUUAACUGUUCUGAUAUUCCCGUAUGUUCCAUUGGAGAAAAUUCUGCUCAAAAUGGCAACAAUGUUUUGAAUUCUGCAACACAUUUUGAUACUUCUUUCAAUGUUACAGUUACUAGUGCAGGAUUAAAUUCAGAGCCUUAUAAAAGUAAUAAUGCAAAAAAUAGAGUGGAGAAAAAUUCAAGCAAUGAAUUAUCUGUUCAGCAAAAUAAUAAUAUGAAUGGUAUAAGAAGUAAUUUACUAUGCAAUACUUCAACAUUAAAUCAUGAAACUUCAUGUGCUAGUACAAGCAUAACAACACAUGGAAAUUCUAAUACAUUGAACCAGGUUGAUCAAAAUGUUGGAUUUUCCAAGCAUGAUGCUCACUACUCUGAUGUUGAUCCUAAAAAUACUACAUUAACUCCUAAGGAUAUCAAUGUAUUUCAGAACCAUGACCAAAACAAACAGUGUUCAGAAUUAAUUAGUUCAGCUAUACCCAUGGAUUCUAUAAAUAGUGUUUUUACUGAAAAUGUGCCAUAUAUUGUGCAUGAUUCUUCUGUUAAUCAAAAUAUUUUACCUUUACUUUCUACAAAUCAAAUUGUGUCUAUGAAUUCACCAGCUUUUGUGUAUCCUGUUCAAGAUAAUGCUUCAAGUAAUGUUCAUUUGGCCCAUAAUACCAAUGUAUCUAGCGAGUCAUCUGUAACAAUAACAACUUGCAUGCUGCCCAAUUCAUGCUCUGAUUUACCAUCUUUUACAACUUUAAAUAAGGAAAAUAUAUCAAGCACAUAUCCAGUUUUAACAAUUCCCAAUGAAAAUUCUAAAAGGCCUAAUGGAACUUCAACUAAUACCCUUUCAAAUUCUGAAAUGAUUGAUGCAAAUUUUCAAUAUAAUGCCAAAAGUAAUAUGCAGGACACUUCGAAAUUGGAUAAUAAAAUCAAUACAUCUGUCGAUGCAUCCAAACAAUCUCCAAAUGCUAAAAAGAAAAAAAGUGGCAUGAAAAUUCCAAUCAAAGUUAAUACCAGUGAUGCCCAAACUAUCUGCAAUUCUAAUGACACUUCAGGAAUAAACUCCAGUUAUGAAUUAAAUAAAUCUCAAUCAGCUGAAAAUUCAGAAACACUAUCAAAAAGUGAUGAAGGAGUCUGCAUGAGACAAGAAUCCAAUAACUUUUUAUAUACAUCUGAUAUUUUAGCAAGAGCUACUGAAUCAGUAUUUGGUAGUGACAUGCUUGAAAAUAAUCAAUUACCCAAACGAUCAGUAAUGUAUUAUACAGAAGAUGGCUCGCAUUUAAAUAUUCCAACUUCUUCAUCUGAAAAACAAAAUGUUAAUUUUAAAUUAGAUUGUUCUUCUUCAAAUGUAGAACAUAUAGAAACGUCUUCAAAUUUGAUGACUGAUAACAGCAAAAAGAACUCUGGUUCAUUAAAUAUUUAUUCCAUAGAAUUAACAAAUUCAGAAACAACUGAUCAGAAUAAUCUGGAAUUAAAACAAAACAAAGCUUGUAAAACUAGAAAAUCAAAAACUAUUUUAGAUUUGGAGCCACCAAUGAAAAAAAUGAAAGAAACGAUUGAUUCUUCUUCUAAAUCAUCGAACAGCCAUAUAUUCACAAAUACACACCAAACUGAGGAAGAAAUUGGAAAAAGAUCUGCUUCAAAUUCGCAGUUAAAUAUGCCUUGUGAAGAAAAACAAGUUUCAACAGAAUCUCAUGCAUCUGAAGUAGAUCAUUCUGGAAUUGAUUCUUUGAGUCAUUUUGGAAAUCAAAUUCAUUUAGCUGAAAGUAAUUGCAAAACACCAACAUCUGUAGAUGCCAUAUUCUCUCUCACACCUAUGCUAGGUGAUAUACUGAAAGAUGUUUCUCAUGGCAUUGGAAUGGAAACUAGAAAUAAUGGUUACUUGACUUGCAGUGAUAAUCAAUCCUUAUUUCUGGGUGAAAAAAGUUUUCUGUCUCUUAAUUUUGUCACUAAUUCUAAUGAUGAUUAUUUAAAUUUACCCAGAAUGCAUCUACCUGUAUCUUCUGAAAUUUCUGUUCCACCUGUUCUUCCUGCAACCAAUGUUUCUUUUGCCCAUACUGUAUCAUUAUGCUCAACACAGAGUGACACAUCUAAAACUACUGAAACCACUUCUUCAGCAGAUCAGCAAAACAAAAAUGAUCCUAAAAAGAAGAACAAUCUUUGCAAUACCUCGGAUAAUCUGAGUUCUUUGAAUCAUAGUUUAGCAAUUACAAAUUCUGUAACAAAAUCUUCUGAAUGCUUAUCAAAACCAAGCAAUUCAGAACCAUCAUUUAGUAUUUCUGCAAAAGUUUCCAAUAGUUCUAACUCUUUGUUAUUUGAUAAUCAAACGCUUAAUAAUAUACAGAAUGGUGUGAAUGUUCCUCAAAGCAAUAAUUCUGCAGUAUCCCAAACAGAUCCUCAUUUUUCUUCCCGUGACAACUUUACUUCUGUUUCACAUGGAGUGACAUUUUAUCCUUCUUUGUCAAAUUCUAACAAUGUGCAAAAUUUCACCUCAAGUUCAUCUUCAACCCUAUUACAUACCAAUUUUCAUUCCAGUACUUCUUCAAAUCUUACCAGCUUAUCUUUUCCAGUUCAGACAGUCAGUGCUAGCACAAAUACAGUGUAUCAAUCUCAAUCAGCUGCUGCCAAAGUUGAUUCCCUUAGCCAUUCCUUAUGCUCUCUCCUUAAAGAAACUUCUAAUAUUCUGGGAGAAAACCGUAUUGGAACUAGUGGUCCAGCAUCUUCACAAGCUUCAAGUUCCUCUUCAACUUCUAAUAUAUCUCAAUCAAAAUAUUCUGCUUUAUCUCUCAUCUCUGAUCAUUCAUCAUAUUCUGAGUCGCCUUCGUCUUCAGCUUGUCAUUCUGAGUAUGUACAUAGCUCGGUUGUUUGCACUCCAUCUGUUUCUGAUACACAGUAUACAUCUAAUAAUUCAUCUUGUAGUAGAAAUCAGAGAUCAUCUCUCUCUUACUCAGCUGAGAGUUUGCUUCAGACAUCUUGUGCUAAUUCUGAAAAGAGCAAAAACAAAAAUGUUGUGAAUAAUCGAUAUGUUCAACGAAUUGCAGAAAAGAAGUCUGAUAGAAAUAAUAUUACAAACAUGCAUAGUAUUAGUGAUACAAACAUAUUUAUGCCUGUAACAAGUUGCGACAUAAAUAUUUCAAAUGCACCUUUGGUUCCUUUGCCACCUGUUACCUCUUUUCAUAAUUUUCCUCCAACUUACACUUUGUGUGACUCUGUACCAUCCACCACAAUUUUUAAUUCUGUUACAAGAACUCACGAUAUUCCUUUAUCUUUACCAACUGAAAAUUUCCUGAAUCAUAUGAAUUUAAGUGUUGAAUCUCAAGUGCUUACCAAUAGACAUGAUGCUUCAUCUACAGUUCCUAAACCUCAUUCUAAUAUAACAUUACCUUUUGAAAAUCAUGGAUCUCUGUAUAACAAUUGUAAUUUCUUGCCUCAUGUUAAGCCCGCAUUAGAAACUUCUAGAACUCCAGAAUCUGGAGCUUGCUUUCCACCAACAUCUUUUAGCAAUAACUAUUCUCAGUCAGCACAAAAAUCUAAUUAUUGCCAGUUUCCUCAUCGAACAUUAACGACUAAUCCUGAACUUCCUGCAGAUAUUAGCUUGCCUGUAGGCCCUCCAGUGCCAUCAUUUCAUACAGAUAAAGCUAAUUUUCAAACUAAUAGAUCAUCUCUUCAAACUUCAUUCUCUCAAAAUAAUGCUAAUUUUGUGGGAAAUAUAUUUUAUAACACAAAUAAUACUACACGUGAUGUAAAUGACAUGACUGUCAAACCGUCCAACAUCAGACCAACUCAGGAAGCUUUUGUGCCUGAAGGACAUCGUCAGAAUCUCCACGAUCACAAUCCCAUAAUCUUUCCUGGUCGAAAGACAGCCACAUCAAACAGAUCAAAAUCCAAAAAGGGAAAAAAUCUUCCUGUUAAUGAGGGAAACACAAAUAUGGUCCCAAGCAGCAUGGGCAAUUUUCCCAUUUCUCAAGAUUUACCUGGUACUAAAAGUAACAUAUCUUGUGUUCCCAAUGGAUACUUUAAGAACAAUAGUCAUUCUGUCAUUCCACCUCCUCCUAGUCAAUUGCCAUGCUCCCAGCAUAAAAUAGCAGAGAAUACUCCAAACACUGUGAUACCUACCAAUCCACCUUUCAACCCAGUACUGCAUCAACAAGGAGAUAAUUUCUUCAAUUUGAACUUUCAGUCUUCAAAUUUUGCAAUGAGUCCAUUACCCCGUCCUCCAACUCAACCAUUAUCAUGCUCCUGCUUGACAACUCCAAUCAUCAGUCAUACAUUUUCAUCUACUAAUCAUCCUGUUCCAAAUUUCAAUUUAAGCAAUAUAUUGCCUGAUAUGGGUUGUUCCAGCAACCAAGUUUCAUUGCCGCCUGUAAAAUUUCCUCCAGUGAACCAUACUCUUCAGUCUUCUUCAGCACAAUGUCAAACAAAUUCCACUAUGAGCAAUUCAGCACAUAUUAUAUCCCAUCAGACCUGCACUCCUGCCUUAUAUCCACCACAUCCUCCCAUGGUACGUGGAUCCCUCAACCCAAUUUUAAGCCACAAUCCCCAGUCUUUUAGUGAAAAUCAAGUACCUUUAGUUGGUACUGGUGCCACACCUGUUAUGUCUCAAAAUAUUACUUUUUCAGCUUCUCAAAAUCCAACUUUUAGGAAUGUCAUUCAUUCAUUGAGUUUUCCUCGUAAUGAACGAUAAUUAUCUUUAGUAAAAGUGGAGCUUUAAUUCAAUAUCAUUAAAGAAGUCAUAGAUGGGAAAUAUUUUUCAUUCUUAUAUUUAAGAAAACUAAAAGUUUCAUUUGUGUUGCAUAUUAUUAUUAUUUUUUUUUUCAAAUAAAUAAUAAUAAUUCUUUAACUUUUGUAUAAUUUGUAAAAGUAAUAAUAUGUCACAUGAAUCUACUAGAUUACUUGUUUUAACAAGGAAAAGGGCCUGCAUGAAUUUAAUAUAGCAUUCUUUAUAUUCAACAUAAUUUUUUUCUUUUUAAUAAGCAUAUUCAUUUAUGCCUAGCUGUAAUUAUGUAUAUGAAUUUUAAUAUUCUUUAAAAUGUUGUGAUUCUAGACUAUUAUUAUGUUAAAUAUCUUAUUAUGAAGAUACUUAAAAGACUGAAGGUCAAUCUAUUCUUAAAUUCUAAAUUUUAAUUAUGACAUUGCAUUUAAUUUAUAAUCUAUAUUUUUAAAUAAUUAAUGUCCAUAUUCCAUAGAUCACUAAGAUAUGACAUAGGAAUAAUUUAUUGAUUUACUGCUAAUAUAUGCGGAUAAAGGAACAUAUUUUACAAUUUUAUAUGUGUGUACUGUGGCAAUUAAACAAUGAUAUUGAUUUAGAAUAAAAGCCACAGAAUCACAGAGAAGUCUAAAUUGAUUUUAAAUGCUAAGUUUAUAUGCAUUAUAAUACAAACAAUAUAGCAUAUAUGCUGAAAGAAAAAAUCCUAGUAUGCUUAUAUUACUUCUUCUAUUGUUAUUGAUAUUACAUCUACUUCUUUUAUUACUUUUACACAUAAAUAAAAAGAAACUGGUCAUUUUAAGAACCCCAUGUACUAGAAAAGAAAUUAUUAAUUUAGAAAAAAGAUAAUACAAUGCACAUAGUUGUUUUUAGUUUAUGAAUUGCUGUUUUUAUUGCUGUCCUGAUCAACAUACAAAUGCAUUGUAACUUUUUAAUUACGAGGGUAAAAUAUAUAAUAUAAGAAUCAAUUGAGUUUUAUUUGUCCAAUUCUUUCUUCUAAAUUUACUGAUUGACACUAAUUUCGUGAAAGAACUCUCCUAAUGCUUUGCUCUGUUAGAAUCCAUUCACACUCAUUUAUUGUUAUGAUAUGUAAACUGGUGCAAUGUUAGUAAACCAGAAAGUUGAUUUUUCCGUUUCUUAUCAAGCAGGAAAUCAAAAUUUUAUGACUUAAUAAGUUUGAAGUAAAAGCAUUAAAAAAUUAUAUGCUUCCAUCUUGUUACUAAAAAAAUUGUUUUGUUGAUUAGUAAAUUAUUUUACAGAAUAAAUUUUUAUUCUAAAGUUUCAGUCUUCAGAAAUUAAAAAAUAAUAAUAAUAAUAGUAUCUCAUUAUUUAGUUGACUUGUAUAUAAAUAAUCAUUUGUUGAAAUCUGAUGCAUAAGAAAAACUUCUUCUUCUAUAUAUUCAAAUUAGAAAUGCGAAAGACAAUGCAUCUCUGUCUUGUGAGAGUUAUAACCCAUCAUGGAAUUUAAACCUAUAUAUUCAGGUGAGGUUAUAAUAUAAUUGGGUCAAAAAAGGAUAUGAAAAAUCAUUUUUGAAUAAAUUUAUCUAAAAGAAAAGAAAAUCAUAAAAAAUUCAGAUCAUCAGUUUUAUUUUUUAGCAAUAGUUUUUAUUCUUUGUAAUAAAGAUUAUACAAGAUCUGUAUUUUCUAAUUAUAUUCGCUGCUUUCACACAGAAAUUGGUAUAAAAAAAUAGGCUGGAAUUUAAUUACUUGUUUUAUUUAUAAUUUUUAAAUCAGAUUAAUUUCUUGUAAUUUAUAAUUUUGUAUUUCCUCCUAAAUAUAGAAAAUUACUUUGAAGUUUUAGUAACUUAGCAUAUUAUGAACAUUAUAUUUAAUAUUUCUCUCAAUUGUUAUUGACUUUUGAAAAAUUAACUUUCAGUAUUUGAGUGCAGAAAGUAUUUAUUUACACAUCUUUUUCAAUUAAUUAUUCAAUAAAGUAAUGGGUUCAAAAUAGCCUUGUAAGUAUAAGUAAUAAAAAAUAAUGCAAUUUAAUUAUUAAAUAAUUGUUGAAAAUUUAAAAGAAAAUCAUAAAAUUCAGUGCAGCCACUUAUAUGGCGCAAAUAGAAAAAAUUCAUAACCACUGCCUUAUAUAUCUUAACUUUGAUGUUAUUUGUAAUUUCUUAACUAGCAUGAAUAUUUAACUUUUCUAAAACUUCAGUCUUACUAAUUCAUUUGUUAGAAAAACCGUAAUUGUUAAAAAUGAAUUAAAAUGCUACAAGCAUUAUGUUUUACAAAGAAAUCUGAUAGUUGGACUAGAGAAAUGCAUUUAAAGCAUUAUUAUAGAAAAUAAUAAUCUUGCGUUAUAUUAUCCUUUAUCAUACAAUUCCAAAACCAAAAAAAUUUUAACUUUGAUAUUAAUUUCGUUAAUGCUUUCAGCCAAAAUUUUUCUAAUUGAUAUGUAAGUCUAUUAUAUAUGUACAAAUUGCGAGUUCAAACCGUAAAAAAAGU